AUGGCACCGCUCAAGGUGUGGUGGUUUGCAGCCGUGAUCGGAUGCCUUCUAGCACUUGGUACUGCACUUGCAAGUGCACCAGUGCAUGUGAGUCUUCGACAUGGCUGGCACAACUACACUGAUGGUGCGGCACAUGCGGCACCGUUGCUUGAAAUGCUCGAGGCGGCACACGACGUGUGGCCUCGACAUUUUUUCACGCUCGUGUCCCUCGUGUGGGAAAGUCCAUCGAGCGCCGAUUAUCUUAGGCGUAUGUCAUACAAGGAACAAUAUCGCUACGUGGAGGAGCAAUUGCAUCGGCUUGGUAGUGGAUGGGGAGCAAAGAACGUGGAUGAUCGCCUUGAUGAAUGGCGUAUCCAAGUUGCGCAGCAUGCUCAGUCUGCGCGAAUCGAGUCGUACUACCAGCUGUUUAAUUCAAAUAAGAUGAUUCAGGACUUGAAUGUGCAAUGCGACACAUUUGUACUCGUAAAUGACCAAGCCUACUGCUCACCUGCCGAAGCAAGAAAAAUAAUUCUUCACAACUUAACGUCCUCGCCUCAUCUACUCUCGAGCGACCAUGUAUUUCCGUCUCAAACAGCCCCAGCUCCCACGGUUGUGCUGUACACAGAUCCAUACUCUGCGACACUAACUGAGUUUCACAAUGAACUAAAGCGGCUAGCGAGUGAAUGGCGCAUCAAGUAUGUACUGCGCUGGCGUCCAUCUAUGGCACCUGUCAUCGCUCGGCCUAUGUCUCAAUAUCUUUCUGGAUUUGGCGCAGCAAUGCAUUUGAAAAAGGUGGAUUAUCUCGUGCUGGAUGAUCGGCACAUUGACGUGUCAGAGCAUGCUGAGCUGAACUUGGCCGCCGAGCCGGAUCGUGUCAGCACUUACUAUGAUGACCUUCAGGAGAGAAUGCAUGCAUAUUCGGGCACUCAGCGUAUGAACUCUGUACAAGAAGCCAUUUUACGUCACUCAAACUUGACCCUCAAAGACGCACUCUUUGUUGGUCAAGCGGCGGCUCAUGUGAUUCUCAGUUCUGACGAUCCGCUGUCUGCAUGGGAGUCACUUGCACUCGAUUUUCCAGCUCAUUCAGCUGCUUUGUCGGCGUACAGCAGCGCUCUGCCGGAAGACGACCCAAUCAUAGAGAGUCUGAACAGCAGGGACUGGCGUGAAGCGAGUCCGGGUGUCACGCAACUCUGGAUCAAUGGACGGCGUGUUCUUGAGUCGGAGCUGCAACCAAUCACGGUACUCCGAAUCAUUCAAGAAGAAUGGGAUCUGAUCCAAGCAUUUGGUGCGCCGGAGAUUGGUGUGUCGCCCUCUGGCGUUCAGACGAUUCUCUCAAGUGAGCUGAUUCGCGCUGCAUUCUUACCGUCUGAGCAAAAGGUCAUGUUGUAUGAUGCCAGUGAUAGAAUUGAGCGCGCUCAAGAAGCUGGCAUGCCCGUCAUUUCCUGGAUAAAUGAUCUUCGAAGCGACAAAUUCUCCAUCUGGCCUGGAUCAAUUCAGGAAAUGUCUCAGUAUCGCUGGAUUACCGGCUUUCCGCUUGUCAAUAAGAAUUUCUUUCAGCUUGUUGUUCUCCUUGACAUGCGUGAUCCGAAAGCUCUUUCUCUCAUGAGCAUGUACAUGGAGGCCAUGCUUACUGAGGUAGCCGUUCAAUGGGGUUUGGUGCCUGUCAUUGAAGAUGAAGAGACUGAAGUAUUAGCGCAGGUUCUAUGGCUCGGUAUUCAGGCACUUUCGCCAUUUGAACUUCCCUUGCUAUGGCAGCGACUCGCUCAUUCGCCGUCCGCGUCUGAUGCACACAUCGAUUCUGCCACGGCAAGAGCUACACUCCAAAGCAUGCUUCCUUCCAGUUUUCUAGAAGACAGCGACGUCAUCGAAUUUCUCCAAGGGAAACACAUAAUGCCAAGAUUCCAACGUAUGAUGGAGCUUUCGCGCGAGUACCAGCAUCGUUUGCACACCGUCAAGCGCCCCGGCUCAUCUGGCGUGGCUUAUCUGAAUGGGCAAGAGCUUAGCUUAGACGAGCACUUUGUUUCCCAGCUAGUGGCUGCUAUUUCGCAUCAGGUUCAGCUUGCGUGGGUAGACAUGCGAAGUGGCUAUAUCGAUGAGAAGGAUCGGGCAUCAGAGUACUUUUAUGAUUUGCCAGGUACUGCACGACGGCGUUCCGCCCUUGUUACUGUUGUUGAAGAUGCUCGUGCCCUCAGACGGUCUACAUCGUACUUGCGACUGACAGAUUUGUUCCAACUGUUGGGCCCGAAAGCUUGGAUCAUGCGGCAGUUCCUUUAUAUGCCGGGCGAUGUGCACGUGUCGCUUCGAAUUAUUGGUGAUUUGAAUGCGCCAGCGACGAGAAAGAUCAUUCUCUCGGCUCUCGAAGCUAUGAAGACUGGUUCAUUACCUUUCCGUCUCUCUUUCGCUCAUUUGGCCGAUACGCGGGGUGUUUUGUCAGACUGGCUCUUGGAUGCUAUGCACUCAGAGACGUUCUCGAAAAUUCCGCCCGCUGAGCUAUAUGAUGCACUCCAAUCAGACGAUAUAUCCACUGCUCUCGCGGCGCUCUCAGCCUCGUAUGGGAUCCAGUCAUCAGGCGAAUCUUGGAAGCCGAUUCUUGCUGCCUUUACUCAGUUAUUGGAUCUACCUCAUGAUUGGCACCCAAUCCUGCUUCUUAAUGGUCAAGUGCUGGAUCACAUCGAAGGCAUCACCGAGUUCGAUCUUAAUGCAGUGGUAAGCUGGGAAGAAACCUUCCAUAUCAAGACGCUGCUCAACUCUCUUGAUGUGCCAGUGGAUGUUGGCGAUGUGCGUGCCCAAGCCCUGGAAGCAGCUGUAUCCGUGUUGGGCUCUGCCUAUGCGAAACAGUCAGGUAACGGUGGCCCAUUUAAGAAAGACUUGGAGGGGCGAGAUGAGCCGGCCCUGUUUAUGCAAAAUUCGCUGUUGACCUGGCACUUGGGCGAUGAGGCCUCUCCUAUUCAUGUCGCAGGCUUGAUGGACCCCAUCAGUGUGAACGCGCCUGUUAUGGCGAGUUUGAUUCGCAUGUUAUCGUCGAUGCGUGGCGUGCGUGUUAGUAUGCUGAUGAAUCCCCGGCUUCGUCAGCCGACACUUCCCUUGCAAAAGUUUACUCGUUUCGACUACCGUGUCGUGCCUCACUUCAACGACGAUGGCGAUGAAGUGAUGCCAAGCCUUACGUUCGCUAGGCUUCCAGAACAAGCGGUGUUAACGAUGCAGAUCCAAGCGCCUCGUUCGCUCGUGGCCAUGGCUGAUGAAGCUGUGUACGACUUGGACAAUGUGCGUCUGGCAGAUGUGCACGGAAGUUUGGAUGCCGUUUACUCUGUCAACAGUGUAUUAAUUGAGGGUCAUGCUCGUGCACAGUAUGGCCCUAUUCCUGAGGGUUUGCAGCUUGUCCUGUCGACCCAAGAUGGCCGCUAUCACCUCGAUACGAUUGUCAUGGAGAAUCUUGGCUACUUCCAAUUUCGUGCGCAGCCUGGCCAUUGGUCCUUAAACAUCCGUGACGGGCGGAGCUCUGAGCUCUACGAUAUGAUUAGUGUUGGCACGUUUGGCUGGUCAAGUCCUCCCGUGAGCCAGACCGGCUCGACUAUCAUGCUUGAUGCUUUGUCAGGAGGUCUUAUUUUCCCUGUUUUCCAGAAGCGUCCUGGUAAGGAGGCGGAUGAUCUCAUUGCGGAUGUAGGCAUGCCAACAACCUCUAAGCUUCCCACAUUUAUGCGUGACUUGUUCAAGCAUGCGAAUCAUGCACUACAACGUAUACGCACUAAGAAGGGCAAGCAUGCCGACAUUAACAUUUUCACGCUUGCCAGUGGUCAUUUGUAUGAGCGCAUGACAUACAUCAUGAUUCUAAGGUGUGUAUUUUACGCGAUUUUUGUUUUGCCAACGGCAUGA